UUUGGGAAAGGAAUUCGAGUUUAGUUUGCCAAUUCCAAUUUUAUUUUAUAUUUUCAAAAGUGAAAAAAAAGGGGCCAAAACAAUUCGCGAUUUCCCCCCAAAAAUUCAGAAACCCUCCUUUCUCCUCUUCGUCUUCCCCACACACAGAGAGAGAGAGAGAGAGGUUCAGAGCAAAAACCCUAAUUUUUCACAGAAAAAAAAAAAAUCAACAAUGAAGUUCAAAGCAUUGAUGACAGACAACGGAAUCAACCUAUUGGAGAAGAGGAUCCUACCCGCAUUAGACAAAAUGGGCAAAAUCUGCCACCUGUACUUGACCCGGGACCACGCCUUCUUCCUCCACAACCUCCUCAACUCCGACGGCCCCCAAUCCAUCGCCCAGUUCAAAAUCUCCUCCCUCUUCUCCGACUACCGCAUCUCCAGCCAGAACGACGACCGUAUCGCCUUCUCCCUCGACCUCUCCCUCCUCCACCGCGCCCUCCGCUCCAUCCUCGCCGUCUCUGCCCACUCCCACCCCUCCGACGGCCUCCACAUCAAACUGGUUAAGAAGCUGCCGCCGCACUCCACCCUGCCCACGCCGUUCCUCACCUUCGAGGCCAAGGGCCACAAAUCCGCCGUCGUGCAGGACGUCCCCAUCUCCAAACCCCUCUCACGCGCCGACGUUGACGAGCUCCAGCACGCGCUCGAGAGCGGCCAGGAGAUUCCGGCCACCCUCAUCAAGGCCCCCGAUCUGAACCUCCUGCAGAACUUCGCCGACCGGAUGAAGCACGUGGGUGACGUCAUGGGGGUUUCCAUCACCAAACACGGCGACCUGCACUUGCAGAUCUCGACUUCUCUGAUCACCUUGGGCGCCGAGUUUAAGAACCUGGUUGUCCUGGGGGCGAGGGCCGAAGGUGGUGCCGCCGCCGCUGCCAGUUUGCAGAGAGAGGAGGCGACAACGGUGCAAGUUAGCGUGAAGCAUUUCUUCAAGUGUUUGCAGUGCAGUUUAGCGAAACCCGACUGCGCUUUCUACGGUAUCGCUCCGCAAGGUGGUUGCUUGAUUGUGAUCUUUCAGUUCUUCGUUCCGGGCACGAGGCAAACGGAUAAAUCCAUUAGCCUCCACUGUAGGCUGCCAGUACUCGAUCCCGGCUCAAAUUGACACUACUGAUUCUUGAUCAAUCUUUUUUUUUUUUUUUUUUUGUGUAAUUUGCCCAAUAAUAAUUCUAAUAUUUUUGCAUAUUUACACAACUGCUGUUACAAUGUUAACAAAAGCUAUGCCAAAGCAUGAUUAAUUGA